GUAGUGAUGAGAAAUGACAAGUAACUAAUAAUGGCGUCGUGCUCGUCCUAUAGAAAGUACGAGAUAAGGAAGAGAGAUCCAGAGCCCAAAAGAUGCGCCCUCUUGGUCAUCGAUAUGCAGAACUACUUCGCCUCCAUGGCCAAUCCCAUACUCCCAAACCUCAACGCUACCAUCGACCUCUGCAGGCACGCCUCCAUGCCCGUCAUAUUCACGCGCCACUCGCACCGCAACCUCGACGACCACUCCAUGCUGGCCGAGUGGUGGUCCGGCGACCUCAUCCUGGACGGCACUCCCGAUGCUCAACUUAUGGCAGCCCUCCACCGCAAACCUGGGGAAGACAUGGUGGUGGAGAAGAACACAUACAGUGCGUUCAGGAAGAGUGGGUUGGAAGAGAAGCUGGUGGAGAUGGGAAUUAAGGAAGUGAUAGUGACGGGUGUGAUGACAAACCUCUGCUGCGAGACCAACGCGCGAGAGGCAUUUGUUAGAGGCUUCAGAGUGUUCUUCUCCACGGAUGCCACUGCCACGUCGGAUGAGGAGCUUCACGAUGCCACUCUCAAGAACAUGGCUUAUGGUUUUGCUUACUUGCUUGACUCCCACACCCUCAAACAAGCCCUCACUCACUAGUUCUAUUACUUUAAUUAUAUCUAGAACUUUCCACGAACGAGGUAUAUGUAUAUCCAGAUCCUACAAAUAAAUAUCGAGGAUUGUUAGGUCUAGCAAGUUCAUCAAUUAGUCUAAAAUUAUAUUUAAUGGUAUGAAAUUAUUCACUUCUCUUUUA